CUUUGUUAGUCCUACACUUUUUUCUUCUUUAUUCUUCCUUCACCUCACCAGUACUACUCCAUUUUAUACCCAUUAAUUAAAGAUUCAUAAUUGUGACAUUCAAGAAGAUUUGAAGGAUUCGGCCAAGCUCCAUUCGAGAGUUGGCAUUGGCACCAUGGCUAAAUCCAAAGCAGAUGAGAAGAUUCUCGGCUACAACGAUGUUGUUCUCAGGCGAUCAGAUUUGGAUAUUCUCAAUGGUCCUAAUUAUCUCAAUGACCGCAUCAUUGAGUUCUAUUUUAACUAUCUCAGCUCAAGCUUUCCAUCUGACGACAUAUUGCUGGUACCACCUUCUAUUGCUUUCUGGAUUAAGGAGUGUCCUGAUCCUGCAAGCCUGAAGGAUUUCAUGGAGCCACUUCAUCUUUCUAGAAGGAAGUUGAUUCUCUUACCUAUCAACGAUAAUUCUGAUGUGUGCAUGGCUGAAGGUGGGAUUCAUUGGAGCGUACUGGCUUUUGAGAGAAACUCCAAUGUAUUUGUACAUCAUGACAGCAGCUACGGAUUCAUGAAUGAGUAUCACGCCAAACAAGUAUACAAGGUUACUCUUCCUUAUACAGCGUCCAGCGCCAUUUACAAAGAAUGUCCAGGCACGCCAAAGCAAGUGAAUGGUUAUGAUUGUGGCGUGUAUGUCUUAGCGAUUGCACGAGUCAUCUGUCAAUGGUAUGCUAGCAGUGGAACCCAAGAUGCAGAUACUCUGUGGUUCUCCCAUUUGGAACAGGUCAGUCCAAGUGCUGUUUCUACGAUGCGUAAUGAGAUUCUGGGUUUAAUAAAAGGUCUGAUGGCUGCACCUAAGAGUGUGGCGUAACCUCAAUGAAGUGGGUGAAAAUUAUGGAUGAAUGGUGCUUAAAUUCCAGCAUAGACCAAACACACUAGGUAAUUUUUUCUCGUGUACCUAAGUUUUGUGGCAAAAUUACUCGGUACUUGUGUUGGUGGGAGAUAGCAGGUACGGAAUCGUCAAGGUGUGCACACGUUGGAAUUGUUAUAUUAAAAUAUAAAACUAAAAGGCUUGAUGACAGGGAGGUGCUCAUGUUUCAGUUAGGAGUUUCUACUUGGCAGAUAAGGGGUUUAGAUGCAAAAUUCCGGACUUGGUACUUUUAUGCGCCUUACGUGUACUGGUAUUGUAAAGACUUCUUUAAGAAGUUCAUAUUAGAUUGUCAGUUGUCUCUCACAAUUUUGUUGAUAUUUCAAUAGAAAGCUAAUGGAGAAAAAGUAGGGAGUACAGAAUCUCAGUUUUCAUACAAUAAUAUUGAGUGAUAAAGUGUAGUGAUCGGUAGUACAUAUAAGGGGUCGUUUGGUUUGAAUAUAGGUUAUGUUAGGGAUAAAGUUAUGAUGGGAUAAAUUAUGCUGAGAUUAGUUAUGCUGGGAUUGUUUUUUAUCCACUUUUGGUAUGUUGUAUUAAAAAUGACAUUUGCAUAA